AUGGCAAUGGAUCCAAAGCGGCCUCAAACUUCUCAUCAAGUUGCUCCAGGCCAGGGUUCGUCCAACUCGAUGGACCGAAUCAGUGAAUUAGAAGAAGGAAUUCUUGGAAGCAUAGUGUCUAGGUUGACACAGGAUGAAAUAUUGGAUACUCGUUUACUCUCUAGGAUAUGGCGCAGUGUGUGGGCCAGGGAUGAAUAUAGGUUCUCCGAGGAGGAGCUCGAACCAGAGAGGGAAAGAGAAAUUUACGUCAAUUUCGUAAAUCGUGUUGUGGAAAAUCACAAUGGGGGACAUGUAGAGGAGUUCAUGGCUUUCUUCCAUAUGGAAAAUGAUAGGUCCACAAAUGCAACGUUCGGGAAAUGGCUGGAGUUUACGGAGAGAAACGGAGUCCAGAAAGUUAUGUUGAUCUUGUUGGAUGAUGGAAUUUUCUCUAGUUCUAUGAACUUGGUCUAUGCUUCUUCUCCCCAUGAAUUCAUAGGUAACUACAAGCUGAAACACGAGUGUAAUGGUGUUAGUGAUAUUCCACACCCUUGUAAAUACGGUGGCUUCAAGUUUGUAAAAUCCAUUUCUUUGUUUGGUGUUGUUACGGUGGGGGAAGCUUUCAAAUGCUUGUUGGGCAACUGUAAAUUCCUUGAAAAAGUAUUACUGAGUGGUUGCGGAGGUUUUGGUUAUAAUGUAAGAGUUGUUGGACCAGCUCUUGCAUUGAAGUAUUUAGAGAUACGGAAUUGCCGCAUUGAAAGCAUUGAAAUCAGUUGUGCAAACCUUGUUUCAUUCACUUAUGCUGGAGAUUGGAUACGCUUGUUUCUCUGGAAUGUGCCGCGGCUUGCUGAGGUGUCCCUUGCCUAUGAUAGCAGAGCUUCUACAGUGUCUGUCUUCUCCAAACUGCACUCCUGUCAUCCUCAGCUGGAGGUCCUCACACUGAAAACAAGCCUGAUCCACAAAGAGAAUUAUACAUUUCCUGGCUUAGAAAUUCUCAAACAUUUGGAAGUAAAGAUUGCAACUGAUGAGGAUUGCUGUCUCCUUCAAUUAGCUUCUUUCAUUAAGGCAUCUCCAGAGUUGCAGAAACUGGUGUUGGAGUUGACAGGUGUGGUUAGACCGGGAAAUGGGAUAGGAAUCAAGGAAGCUGCCAAUUGCUCCCAUAAUUCCCUCAGGGAAGUGGAAGUGAGAGACUAUCAUAUUCGGCCUGGUGACGAUAAGCUUAUCAUGUACUUAAUUGAGAACGCUGUUAAACUGGAAAAAAUUGUUAUGCAUCCUAAUGAAGAAAGGGCAGUAGAUCCUGCUAUGCGGCAGCUCAAAAGACAAGUCCCUAAACAUAUAAACUUUGUACGCCUCUAA